UUGUAUUCACUGAGUACUGUGUCGUUUAUGCAGUUUGUUUGUGAUUCUGUAGGCUUUGAGGUAUGUCAUUGAGUCCGACGCGUUUCACCCAUCACCAGAGAGCUCCAGUGUGAACACCAGCCGCAGACAUUGGGCGCAUCGCGAGUAAACACGCCAAAAAUCGAGCGAAGUGUGCUGCUUCACACACUGAUAAAGUUGCCGGACUGAAUCAGCCUACUACAAUGGCUACAGUCCAAGAGCCUCAGGGGGAUGCCAUCAGAACUGAGAUGCAGGAUCAAGAGAUGGAGAGCCUAGAUCCCAAGGAGACUGACAGAAUGGAAGAAAGUCGAGAUGAUAGAGAUUCUGUUCAAGAAGAAAUGAUAACAGAUUCGCAGAUCAGAGAUGAUGCUUCAAAAGAUGAUUCAGGAUUGGAGGAUGAUGAUUCAAGACCUGAGGCAACAUUCAGAUACGAAGUUCCCCACAUCAGUAAGCUAAAGGAAACAGUGUUGUCUCCUCCAUGCUAUAUUCGAAAUUUGCCUUGGAAAAUAAUGGUCAUGCCUCGAAAUACUUCACCCCAACAAGACAGAGCACCCCAGAAAUUUCUUGGCUUCUUUCUCCAGUGUAAUGGAGAAUCAGAAUCCUCUUCAUGGUCCUGCAAUGCUGUUGCAGACCUUAGAUUACUGUCACAAAAGGAGGGUGUUGAGGAUUUUUCAAGGAAAAUUCAACAUCUAUUUUUCAGCAAAGAAAAUGAUUGGGGUUUCAGUCACUUCAUGAACUGGAAUGAAGUUCUUGAUCCAGAAAGGGGCUAUUGCAAAGAUGACACCAUCACACUUGAAGUGCAUGUCAAUGCUGAAGCUCCACAUGGUGUAAGCUGGGAUUCCAAGAAACACACAGGUUUUGUUGGUCUUAAGAACCAAGGAGCCACCUGCUAUAUGAACUCGCUGCUUCAGACACUCUUUUUUACCAAUCAAUUGCGCAAGGCUGUUUACAAGAUGCCUACAGAGAGCGAUGACACCCAGCGAAGUGUUGCCUUGGCUUUACAGCGAGUCUUUUAUGAACUUCAGUUCAGCGACCGUCCUGUCGGAACGAAAAAACUGACAAAGAGCUUUGGUUGGGAAACGCUCGAUUCCUUCAUGCAGCAUGACGUCCAGGAAUUCUUAAGAGUCCUCUUGGAUAAGCUCGAGAGCAAAAUGAAGAGUACCUGUGUAGAAGGCACUGUUCCCCGACUAUUUGCCGGAAAAAUGGUUUCGUUUAUUAAAUGCAAACACGUGGAUUACACUUCGUCUCGAGCUGAAACGUUCUACGAUAUUCAGUUGAGUGUCAAGGGGAAGCGAAAUAUAUUGGAAUCUUUCAAAGAUUACGUAGCGACGGAAACACUCGAUGGAGAUAACAAGUACGACGCAGGAGAACAUGGUCUUCAGGAAGCUGAGAAAGGUGUGAUCUUCGCCAGCUUCCCUCCCGUACUUCAUCUUCACCUUAUGAGGUUCCAAUACGAUCCCGUCACAGACUGCUCUAUCAAAUUCAACGACAGAUUCGAAUUUUACGACAAGCUUGACUUGAAUCCGUACCUGCAGGCGCCAGAGUCCUCUCCCGCCACUUACACCUUACAUGCCGUCCUGGUUCACAGCGGAGACAACCACGGCGGGCACUACGUCGUUUUCAUUAAUCCCAAGGGCGAUGGUCGGUGGUGCAAGUUUGAUGAUGACGUUGUGUCCCGUUGUACGAAGCAAGAAGCCAUCGACUACAAUUUUGGUGGAGCUGAUGAAGAAGGUUCGCUCAACAUCAAACAAUGCACCAAUGCCUAUAUGUUGGUGUACAUCAGAGACUCGACGCUACGAUCGGUUCUGCAGGACACAACCGAACGCGAUAUUCCUCGUGAGCUCGUAGCUCGACUCUCAGAAGAGCGCAGAUUGGAGGCUCUCAAGCGGAAGGAGCGUAAUGAAGCCCAUCUUUUUAUGACUGUCCAGUUGGUGACAGAAGAUAACUUUCAAGGUCAUCAAGGGUUCGAUUUGUAUGACCCAGAACAAGGUGUAUCGAUAAAUUUGCGAAUUCGAAAACUGGCCACGUAUCAAGAGCUAACGGAGUUAAUUGCUUCUACCACCCGUUACAAUGUUGAUCAGUUUCGAAUCUGGCCUAUGGCAGGGCGAACUAAUAACACAAUGCGACCUAAGGCCCUUGACUGGGAAGCGGACCUUGGCAAGAGUGUAACGGAUGUGGCAGACAACUGUAAUCCUUGGACUUGUUUCUUAGAACUGUUACCACCUGAUUCGGGACACUCAGCCUUGCCACCAUUCCAACAGGAUCGGAUGGUCUUACUCUUUUUCAAGUACUACGAUCCAGCCACUCGCCAGAUCCACUAUGCCGGACAUCAUUAUGCCUUGAUCAAGCGGCCUUUGGCCGACCUCGUUCCCAUUUUACUCCAAAGAGCCGGCCUUCCACCUCACACCCAGCUAGAGUUGUACGAGGAGGUCAAGCCAGGAAUGAUUGACACCAUAGAACAUAUUGACAAACCACUAGAGACUAUUUUGGAGGAGUUGAUGGAUGGUGAUAUCAUAUGUUAUCAAAAAUAUGAUCCAGAAGUGAUGGGGUCGCAGUUGGGUACGGUCAAAAAAUACUUCUACGACCUGCUUCACCGGAUCGAAGUCACAUUCUGCGACAAGAUGAACCCAUUAGACGUGACAGGAUUCACCCUUAGCAUGUCGGAGGAUUUGGGUUACGAUCAAGUAGCCCGGCUAGUCGGUGAUAGAGUUGGAUACCCUCCCAACAUGCUGCAAUUUUUCAAAAGCCAAGGUUACAGAGAGGGACCUGGGCCAUCGAUUCGCUAUCAUUGGGAGACGUCACUGAAGGAGAUGGUGACAUCAGCAAAAGUCAAGCAACCAAAAAAGCUAUUCUAUCAGAGACUUACCAUGCCCAUCACCGAACUGGAAAGCAAGAGGCAGUUUAAAUGCACAUGGGUUGACUCUCGAUUGAAGGAUGAGAAAGAAUUGACAUUAUAUCCAGCAAAAACAGCAACGGUAGCGGAACUGCUCGAAGAAGCGCGUAAGCAUAUGACUUUAUCAGAAAAUGGUUCCGGGAAACUUAGGUUAUUAGAAAUAGUGAGUUACAAGAUUCAGAGCAUUGUUUACGAGGAAAUCCGACUUGAUAUGCUUAAUACAAGCCCUCCGCGAUGGUUCCGAGUCGAAGAGAUCCCUAAAGACGAACUUGAGAUAGGCGAGGAUGAACUACUGAUUCCUGUUGCCCAUUUUUCCAAAGAAAUCUAUUCGGGUUUUGGCAUUCCCUUUCUCUUGAAAGUGAGAGAAGGGGAACCCUUUUCGCAAGUCAAAGAGAGAAUACAGAAGAGACUCGAAGUUCCCGAUAAGGAAUUCGAAAAAUAUAAGUUUGCUGUAGUGGUGAUGACGCGUAUUCGCAAUCUAACGGAGACCCCCGAGUUAACUUUGAACUUGGAAGAUUUUAAACCUCCACUUAAUCAACAGCCGUUAGUGCAAAUGCGACCCUGGUUAGGCAUUGACCAUGUGAACAAGGCACCUAAACGAACACGCUACAGCUAUUACGAAAAAGCCAUCAAGAUUUACAACUAACUCAAAAA